GCGGAUACGCCGUAAACACUUGUCGGAAAAACGUAAUUUGCGCAUGCGCACUUCCCUUCCUUCCUUUUCGACACCCGAGCGAAAGAGACAAGAUGGGCCAUCAGCAGCUCUACUGGAGUCACCCAAGAAAAUUCGGCCAGGGAUCUCGAUCCUGCCGGGUAUGCUCAAACAGACAUGGUUUGAUCCGCAAAUACGGGCUCAACAUGUGUCGUCAGUGCUUCCGACAGUACGCAAAAGACAUCGGCUUUGUGAAGCUGGAUUAGAUGUGCUGCGAAGAUGUACUGAUUGGACCACCCUACCCCGCGUAAAACCUUUAAUGGAAAGAAGCGCAUCCAUGGAUUUGCAAUUUGUAUUUUCAUUAAAUUUUUGGUGAACCUAACACAA